CUUAUUCCUUACGUGACGAUGCUCCUAUUAGGAGGGUUGCCUCUCUUCUAUUUAGAAUUAGCUCUAGGACAGUACUACAAAAGUGGAUGCAUUACUCUUUGGGAUAAAUUAUGUCCAAUCAUCAAAGGUCUUGGAUAUUCAAUUUGUGUUAUCGAUGUGUAUAUGGGCAUGUACUACAACACGAUAAUUGCUUGGGCCUUCUAUUACUUGGUGGCUUCACUAACGAGUGGCGAGCUGCCAUGGACUCGAUGCGACAACCCCUGGAACACCCCCCACUGCCGGACACUUGAAGAGAGGAGCUUGUUAGCUGCUUCUGCGAACGACACGAACGAGACUCGAAGCCCCGCUCAAGAGUAUUUCGAACGCAGAGUACUGGAACUUCACAAGUCAAGCGGCAUUGAUGACUUGGGACCACUGAAAUGGAGUCUCGCUUUGUGCUUGGCCGCCGUUUUUCUGCUCGUCUACUUUUCACUUUGGAAAGGAGUAAAAAGUUCAGGAAAAGUGGUUUGGUUCACAGCUACUCUUCCGUACGUAGUGUUACUUGUUCUGCUUUGCCGGGGCGUGACUCUUGAGGGCUCAAUGGAUGGCAUCCGGUAUUACCUCUCCCCAGAUUGGGAUAAACUUUGGGUCACAGAUGUAUGGAUAGAUGCCGCCACCCAAAUCUUCUUUUCUUUAGGACCAGGAUUUGGAACGUUAUUGGCAUUUUCCAGUUACAAUAAAUUUCACAAUAACUGUUACAGAGAUGCUCUUUUUACAAGCACAGUGAACUGUCUGACAAGUUUUCUAGCAGGCUUCGUUAUUUUCUCUGUACUGGGAUACAUGGCGCACAUGCUUAAGAAGGACAUCUCCAAUGUGGCCACUGAUGGACAAGGUCUUGUGUUCGUCGUAUAUCCCGAAGCAGUUGCUACCAUGACAGGAUCUGUCUUCUGGAGCAUUCUGUUCUUUCUCAUGCUAAUCACUUUGGGUCUUGACAGCACAUUUGGCGGCUUGGAAGCAAUGAUCACGGGUCUUUGCGACCAGUUUCCAAGGCAUUUGCGGAAGAACAGAGAAGCAUUUGUGGCUGUUGUAGUAAUUGCCAUCUACCUGGGAGCUCUACCUACUUGCACCUAUGGUGGAUACUAUGUCGUCAAUUUAUUAGACUCCUAUGGCACAUCUAUGUCCCUUCUAUUCGUGGUGUUUGUGGAAGCAGCCGCUGUUUGUUGGAUCUAUGGUGCUGACAAAUUCUCUGGGCAGAUUGGUGAGAUGCUUGGCUCACGACCGGGAAUUUUCUGGAGGGUUUGCUGGAAAUACAUCAGCCCUGUGUUCAUAUUGGUGAUUUUUGUGUUUGCGCUUGUGGGCUAUAAGGAUCUUAAACUGGAGACCUAUGAAUACCCACAAUGGUCAAUAGCCUUGGGGUGGACUCUCACCACCUCUUCUAUUGCUUGUAUCCCAGCCUACAUCGCCUACUACCUCUUAACCCAACCAGGAACCUUCCUCGAACGUUUGAUUCGAGGCGUAAGUCCUGGACCUUCGAAUGUGUCCCAGAAACCUACGCCUAUCCCUGUGGAGCGAACGCCUCUGCAAGCCAAACUGAUUCCUAGGCAGGCCUGAGGAUGACAAGAUCGUGACGUGAUUGAAGCAAGAGAUAGAAGGCGACUUCACUGUCAUAUCUCAGAUAUAUCUGCAGGACUCUAAAACCAUUGCAGAAAAGAAAUUCAUAGUCAAAGUAUAUGUUUCGUUGUCGCUUCCUUCUAAAUAUAUUUUGUAAAACAUAUCUGAAGCACAAAUUAAACAACUGUUGAAUUAGAUAUAUUAUGCUAGGAAGGAUACAGUAUUGAACACAGUACUUUGAAUACAGUAAAAUUCCGAUUAUCCGUGGAUUUGGGUGCCAGAAGCGCCGCGGAUAAUGGGCAUCGCGGAUAAACCGCUAAAAUGCUAAAAUGAGAGACGAAUAAGGUAAAAAUUUGACUGCACAUACUUUAUACAAACAGUGAAAAUAUAUAUAGUACAGAAAAAUGUUUUGUAUUUUUGCAGAACAGAACUCAACAUUAAUUAAGAACAAGUGCAUGUGUGAUGAAAAAAGAGCAAAAAAUAAAAAAAGGAAAUAAAGAAAUUAAAAAAAAAAAAACUGAGUUCCUGAUUGUUGAUUGUCUUGUGGAUAAUCCGCUCUGUGGAUAAUCGGGAGUUUACUGUACCUUAAAAUGAAAUGUCGUUAUCUUUUGAGUGGUUUUUAAAAAAGUUAGCUUUGCCGAGGUUAAUGCAUAUUAGCGCCAUUCAAAGUCGAAUAUUUUGGAAUUCAACAUAUGAAAUGUUUUUAAAAAGUGAAAACAUAGUUUUACUUUCGCUAUUAUUUUUUUUUCUUCACAACUGCUUUUAUAAUUUAGACCUACAAUUAAUGUUUAUUGCAGAGAAGAACGCAUGAAUUUGUUUAAAAUUAAGU